GGUGGAGGACGCUGGGCUCUCCCUUUGCCUGCAGCCGUUCGAGUGGGUAGCGUCUUCGUCCCCCUGGACGAGGUGUUAAAAUUUCAAGAAAUGCUGUGACCUGUUUGAAUAACAUCAUUCACAGAAACGUUUGUCUUGUGAUAAUUUUUUUUAAAACUAGUAUGGCUUUGAAAAAAAUACCUAAGCUAUUCAAGAAAUUUUUUCAAUGGAAACUCUGGAAGUUUAGCGUUAUUAUAUUAGUUUUCCUGGUAUUUUUAUUUUUAUUGCAAAGAGAAGUGGGUGUUCAAGAUUUUAAAGAUGAAACUGGCAUUGAGCCAGCUGUUGGAAAGAAGAGUCAUGUAUUGGGUCUCGUAUUAAAUGCUAUGAACAAUAUCAAAGGUGCAAAGCCAAAAAUGCAGAUAAAAGCACCUGUUAGGCAAACUAAAAUUCCUGGACAGAGACACUGCUUGCCAGGACACUACACUGCAGUGGAACUAAAACCCUUUCUGGAUCGACCCCUUCAAGAUCCUAAUGCUCCUGGUGCUUCUGGUAAAGCUUUUAAAACUAUCAACUUGAGUGCAGAAGAACAGAAAGAGAAACAGCGUGGAGAAGAAAAACACUGUUUUAAUGCAUUUGCGAGUGACAGGAUUUCUUUACACCGAGAUCUUGGACCAGACACUCGACCUCCUGAAUGUAUUGAACAAAAGUUUAAGCGUUGCCCGCCAUUGCCAUCCACAAGUAUUAUAAUAGUUUUUCAUAACGAAGCAUGGUCCACUCUGCUGAGAACUGUUCACAGUGUGAUGUAUACAUCUCCUGCCGUACUGCUGAAGGAGAUCAUUUUGGUGGAUGAUGCCAGUGUAGAUGAAUAUUUGCAUGAUAAACUAGAUGAAUAUGUCAAACAGUUUCAAAUAGUUAAAGUAGUCCGCCAAAAGGAAAGAAAAGGUCUAAUCACUGCACGGUUGUUGGGAGCUUCAGUAGCAACUGGAGAAACCCUUACCUUCCUGGAUGCUCAUUGUGAAUGCUUUUAUGGCUGGUUAGAGCCAUUAUUGGCAAGAAUAGCUGAGAAUCCUGUUGCUGUUGUAAGUCCUGAUAUUGCUUCUAUAGAUCUCAAUACUUUUGAAUUUAGUAAACCUUCUCCUUAUGGGCAUAGCCACAACAGAGGAAAUUUUGAUUGGAGUUUGUCAUUUGGAUGGGAGUCUCUUCCUAAACAGGAACGCGAAAGAAGAAAAGAUGAAACCUAUCCAAUUAGAACACCGACCUUUGCUGGAGGUCUCUUUUCAAUAUCAAAAGACUACUUUGAACACAUUGGAAGUUAUGAUGAAGAAAUGGAAAUAUGGGGAGGUGAAAAUAUAGAAAUGUCUUUCAGAGUAUGGCAAUGUGGUGGACAGUUGGAGAUUAUGCCUUGCUCUGUUGUUGGCCAUGUCUUUCGCAGCAAGAGUCCUCAUACUUUCCCGAAAGGUACUCAAGUGAUCACACGUAAUCAAGUCCGCCUUGCAGAAGUGUGGAUGGAUGAAUAUAAAGAAAUAUUUUACCGAAGAAACACAGAAGCUGCAAAAAUUGUGAAACAAAAAGCAUUUGGAGAUAUAUCAAAAAGACUUGAUUUAAGACGACGUCUGCAGUGUAAAAAUUUUACCUGGUAUCUCAGUAAUGUUUAUCCAGAAGUAUAUGUGCCAGACUUGAAUCCUUUGUUUUCUGGAUAUUUAAAAAAUAUAGGCAACCGCAUGUGUCUGGAUGUUGGUGAAAGUAACCAUGGUGGCAAACCAUUGAUUAUGUAUUCCUGUCAUGGACUUGGAGGAAAUCAGGACUCGCACUGUCAAGGAAGAUACUGAUGGGAAUCCAACCAAUGGGAGACAAGUGGCCAGGCCUGAGCCACCUUCCCUAUCAUGCUUGCAGCCUCAUAGAGUGAGGUCAAAGUCAUCUAUCUUAUACUGGUUAAUGAAAGUGAAUAAUAUGAUUGAAUUUGUCCAAGAAGAGCUGUCUUUGAAUAGCUCUUGGAGACAGCAGCGGUGCUCUGUUUCUUCUACAGUAUUGUUUACAAUAGUUUUUAAAUGCUGAAUCCUUCAGGCACUACUGUAAUACUAGUAAAAGAACAUCUCCUUCCUUGUCCAGAAAUGAACUCUUCUCUCUUGCCCUAAAGAGUUGCUUGGUGAGCUGUAAAUCAUUAAUAACUAAAGGUUUAAAAGAUUUUAUUAAAAUGUAGUUAUAUUUUUUCCUCCCUUUUUUUAUCUUCAAUCUUCUAAGCCCUCCAUUGAUGAUGCCAGUUAGUUGAUGCUUUCCUAAUUUUGGGGGGAGAUGGAACACGCUAACCCAUUAUGUUAGAUUCUUACAAUAUUGAAUGUUUUGUUUUGUUGUGGAUUAAUGCUAUAUUAGCCUUUUCACGUUGUCACAGUGAUUAAUGUGAGAACACUGUACCAAGACACAGUAUUAAGAGAUCUGCUCUAUGCUUCUGUUUUCAUCUGUCUCUAAGUUAUCUUAGACUGUACUAAAACUCUACACUUACAAGUGUUGUGCUUUUUGUUUUUCUUUCUGCCGUAAAAUAAUAGUCUGAAUCCCUUUAAAUGCUAACCUUCAGAGAAUUUUAGUAUAGGUUUUGCUGGUAAUGCUCAGGAGAUGUGCAUAUUUGCUUACUUAACCCUUAUUGCAAUACUCAAGGUUUUAUUCAGUUUUCAAGGUGUUUUUUAUGUUCUUUACCAGGCUUUAGCAGUGUAGGCUGAAAGUUUCCAUGUCAUGUCAUCAUCAUCCAUAUAUUCUAGAAGAGAGAAUGGGGUGGAAAAGAGAACCUAGUUUUCAGAGUUGUACAUCAAAUCAUUCUUCCAUUUUAGCAUAUGCUGGGUCUGGGAACACAUCCCUCUCAAAGGCAUCUCUAUAUCCAAAAAUUAAUGAAGUUUUAAAUGUAGCUUUUGAGUUGUAUUUUCAGAGCUUACAGGGAUUUUGGAGUUUAAAAAAUAAAUGGGAACAGAAUAAGUCAGAUGAGCUUAGGGUAAACUGUUAUGUCUGAGAGCUAAGUGACUAAGCAGGUCACUCCUAUCAGUAGCUCUUUCAGAGAGUAAUGUUGCAUACAGAGACUUUAGAGUGAGAAGCCAGUUUGUUCUUUAGUGCUAUUCCAAAUAAUGCCAAGGCAGUGAGGAGCUGGAAGCUGACCAGUUGGACAGAUAAUUGAAAGCCAGAGAGCAAACCAAGCCUGGUCUUAAUAAUCAAAGGAAUCAUGGUGAAGAGUGCUGACAUACAGAGCCAAGAAACAGAGAUAGUGAGAUGUAAUGAUAGGAACUCUGCUGUUUAAUGAGGGAGAAAAGGAGGAGACCAAGAUGGUAGGGUAGGACUCAGAGGUAUGAAAGGACAGCUAUGUCUGUAACUUAGAAUUAAAUUCCUGUUAAUACUGGAAUUAUAGCCUUAAAUUCCUGAGCUUUAAGACUACUUUGCUGUCAGGAAAUAAUGGUAAAGUUCACUCACAAAAUACAUGCAUAUGUUACUUUUCUAAUGGCUAGCUCACAAGAGAACAUGGCAGGAUCCUAUCUUUAACAUUUGUUUAGAUCAGCAAAAGUUGACAUACAGCAAUCAGUAUUCUUGGUGUGGCAUUUUGUUUAUUUGCCCUAAGGAAAACCAAAAUCCAGUAACAAAAGUUGACUAAAGAUUUUUAAAGUAGUAGUCUCAAAUUGUUGGGUAACCAAAUAAAUUACUUACUUAGUGUACU